AUGAAAUACUUCAGUGUCCUUUUUCUUGGUGGACUGAUUUUCCACAUGACGUACGAUCUGGCCAGUGCUGUGGUGAGAAUCUUUAAUCUGAUCGGAAUGAUGCUGCUGCUGUGCCACUGGGAUGGUUGUCUGCAGUUUUUAGUACCAUUACUCCAGGAUUUCCCACCAGAUUGCUGGGUGUCCCUAAACGGUAUGGUUAAUGAUUCCUGGGGAAAGCAGUACUCAUAUGCACUCUUCAAAGCCAUGAGCCAUAUGCUCUGCAUUGGUUAUGGAGCCCGCGCCCCUGUCAGCAUGUCCGACCUCUGGAUAACCAUGUUGAGUAUGAUUGUGGGGGCUACUUGUUAUGCCAUGUUUGUUGGUCAUGCCACUGCCCUCAUUCAGUCUCUGGAUUCCUCACGGCGACAAUAUCAAGAAAAGUACAAACAAGUGGAACAGUACAUGUCAUUCCACAAGUUACCUGCUGAAAUGCGCCAGAAGAUCCAUGAUUACUAUGAGCACCGCUACCAAGGCAAGAUCUUUGAUGAAGAAAACAUUCUCAAUGAGCUCAAUGAUCCCCUUAGGGAGGAGAUUGUCAACUUCAAUUGUCGGAAGCUGGUUGCUACAAUGCCUCUUUUUGCUAAUGCAGACCCAAAUUUUGUGACUGCCAUGCUAAGCAAACUGCGAUUUGAGGUGUUCCAACCUGGUGAUUAUAUUAUCCGAGAAGGGGCUGUGGGUAAAAAGAUGUAUUUCAUUCAGCACGGUGUUGCUGGCGUCAUCACCAAAUCCAACAAGGAGCUGAAGCUGACAGAUGGCUCUUACUUUGGGGAGAUUUGCCUUUUAACCAAGGGCCGUCGAACUGCCAGUGUACGAGCAGACACGUACUGUCGCCUUUAUUCCCUCUCGGUGGACAACUUCAACGAGGUUCUGGAAGAGUACCCCAUGAUGAGAAGGGCCUUUGAAACAGUGGCAAUUGAUAGACUUGACAGGAUAGGGAAGAAGAACUCGAUCCUCCUGCAGAAGUUCCAGAAGGACCUCAACAUCAGGGUUUUCAACAACCAGGAGAAUGAGAUCUUGAAGCAGAUCGUGAAGCACGACAGAGAGAUGGUGCAGGCCAUCGCCCCAGUGAGCUUGCAGCAGAUGCCCACGCUGAACUCCAGCACCUCCACCGCCACCUCAUCGUCGCGUGUCAGGAUGCAGUUUCCUCCUGUUUACACCGUGAGCAGCCUUUCUCACGGAAACCUGCACUCCACCUCGCCCAGCAUGCAGACGCCCCAGCAAGCCAUCAUCCUCUCGCCCUGCUCCUACACCACCGCCAUCUGCAGCCCACCCGUACAGAGCGCUCUGGCUGGCCGAACUGUCCGGUAUGUCUCGCCGACCACCUCGCAGCUCUCCCUCAUGCAGCAGCUGCCUGGUGCCGUGCAGAAGAACGAGGUCCACAAGAGCACCCAGGCCCUCUACAACACCAACCUGACCCGGGAGGUGCGGCCCCUCUCUGCCUCUCAGCCUUCCCUGCCUCACGAGAUGUCCUCCCUGAUCGCCAGGCCUCACCCCACCGUGGGGGAGUCCCUCGCCUCCCUCCCGCAGCCCACCCCUGGCCCCAGCAUGCCCCCGGCCAGCCGGGCCACCGUCCCCCAGCGUGUCUCACUCUUCCGACAGAUGUCCUCAGGAGCCAUCCCCCCGAACUGGGGGGCCACGCCGCCCGCAGCCCCUCUGCAAAGGGAUUCUUCCACAGUCUUAAGUACAGAGCCUGAGGGAGACAAACUGCGGUUCGCAUCAAACUUAUGA